ACUGUUCCAGGCAUAGUGCACUGAGAGUGAGCAGAGGUCAGGGCUGAGCGUAGUUCGACUUUUUGUGGCGCCAGUUGACAUCAGAGCCAGUGACGGCAUCCUCUCAGCACCAUACUUAUCUGACCCAUCUAUUGGAAAGAAGCAGGCGAAUAUGGUUCAAGCUUCCAUCACACACGCAACUGUUCUACUGCUGAGCCUGAGCAUUAUGCUCUGUGCUCAUGCACAACUACCUGGUGGUGGACCACUUCAUGAAUUCCAUUUUCUUCACACCAAUGUAACAGCCGUGACAUGCAACACUACCGAUCCGAAUGCGAUACGAUUUGUAUACCUCGGUUUUGGCGGCGUUAGUGCACCGCGACUGGUUCCUUUCUAUGAUGCUUCUGAUCCAACCCAAACUGUGUACCAGCGUUUGAUUUCAAAUUCAAGCAGCUUCUUCAUCUACCAGCUUCACAUUAUCAAUUAUGACGGAGUGCGAGCAGCCUACGCGUGUGGGCCAGUAGCAACACGUCAAAUUAAUCACUAUACCAUUCUACGCACCGAGCCAAUUCUAGGGAUAAACACAGUUGAUGGAGGUAUGACUGGACUGGGACAUCAGCUGACUAUACCACAUGUUUUCGAUGAAGGAUCACCCAUCCGACCAGUUGUCUGUUUUCCUAAUACUGGACAGCCAAGAAGGAACACGGUAACACUGGAAAUAUCUUAUGAUGAUGGUCGCACACGUACAUUCCGACCAAGCCCCUAUGCCAGAGGAGUAUAUUUCCCAAUUCCCAGUGUCCGGAAUUCAUCUGGCGUUUAUGUGUGCCGCGCUGCGAAUGAAGCGAACACUGUCCCUAUUAUAUCCACUUUCGUUGUAGCCGUAAAUUUCCGACCCGACCUCUCUAACACUGAGCGUGAACUUGCUGUUGUUGAGGGUUCCAGGUUCUUCUUGACAGUCUAUGUGUCCAGCCGUCCCGACCUGACUGUGCUUGACCUGGUCAGUCCCAGUGGUACAAGGUCCUCGUUGCUGCCCCAAUAUCAAGCUGCAACACCCACUAACAAUGGAAUGACUGACCGCAAGGUGACAGCUCUGGUUGUAGCAUCAGCGGAUUCAACUCACACUGGCGUGUACGUGUGUGAAGCAACCAAUCAAAACUCCGUGGGUUUACUUUCAAGUUCAGUCAAUAUCACUGUCCGCAUUAUCCGUCUACCCAGUGCACCUCUUAACGUCACCCUUCUCUCCAACGCCUCCACCUUCAUUGAACUGUCCUUUUCGCAACCUGAUGAUGAUGGAAACUCAAGUAUCAUUGGAUACAGAGUCAUGUGUAGCACUGACUUUGGUGACGCCAGUCGUGAAGGACAUCUUGUGGCUGCUAAUGUGUCCGACUUCACUGCCAACAUAACAGGCCUGUAUGCUGGAGAGACAUACACGUGCACAGUUGAAGCUAGAAAUGAAGCCGGCUUUGGGCCGUCAGCCUCACGAAGAGAUAUACAUCUACCGGGUGGUUUCAUCACCGUACCCCCUACUACAAGUGAGCGAGAAGUUGUCAAUCUGGCUUCGGGUAGUGAACGAAAUUAUGUUUCACUCUGUUCUUUCGCUAUAACACUAUUCUAUAUAGUACUGCAAAGUGUUUACAUCUGAUUACUCCAAAAACGGUGUAAACUAAAUUCUAAUUAGUCAGCUGACCACUGACACCAACAUCUGUAUUCUGUCCCGCAAGAGAGUUUCGCCUUUUGGGGGUUAGACUUUCUGUGCCCCUACUACAACUUCCUUUCUGCUCUGCAGAUCUGGUUUUUCUUUCUCUUUUCAUUCUUCCCUCUUGAUGUUUGUACUUUGUACUGUUGAGGCAACGAACUGAAAUAAUA